CGGUCAUUUCCACAGAAGCCGAGUAUUUUUCCUGUAAGAAUUAGUUUCGUUUCUGCUGUUUCUUAUCAUAAUGGGAAGGUGGAGCCUGUAAAUAAAAAAGCAUCUGAAGAAGUUUCAGAAAGUCACUGCUUCUCCUUUCCACAGGACACUUACAAGGAGGCUGCACCCCAGAGUGGCUGGACCAGCAGUGAUCAGUGUUCAGUCAAGCACAACCUGUGUGGAAUCCCACUAAAUCAGCAGGCCAUGGAUAAAAAGACAGCAGCAUUCAAACAACCUUCUGAAAAGACCAAAAACACCCCAAAGAAAGAUGGGUUUUUAUUUUCUGUAGUAAAACCAUUUCCAGAAGCUGCUACAGUGCCUCUCCCACCAGAUCCAGAAGAAGCUGAUGUGGCAUCAGAGAACACAUUUGUGAAAGGACCCAACUGCAAACAGAAGGACUUGGAGGAAAAGUUUUUCACAGAGGAGGACAAACAGGCUGCAGAACACACCUUGUACAACCAAUAUGAGGAGAAGAUCCGACCCUGCAUUGAUCUUGUUGACAGCCUGAGAGCUCUUGGAAUAGAAAAGGAUCUUUCCUUGCCUGCAAUUGCAGUGAUUGGAGACCAGAGCUCUGGGAAAAGUUCUGUCCUCGAAGCCCUGUCUGGUGUUGCUCUCCCCAGGGGCAAUGGUAUUGUCACUCGGUGUCCCUUGGAGCUCAAGCUCAAGAGGUUGCCUGAAGGCCAGGCGUGGCAAGGGAAGAUCUCCUACCAAAAUGUGAUCCAGAACCUCCAGAGCGCCUCUGAUGUGGACGGAGCCAUCAGGCUGGCCCAGGACAUCGUGGCUGGUCCUAGAGGUGCCAUUAGUGGGGAGUUAAUUUCCCUGGAAAUUCGGUCCCCUGAUGUCCCAGACCUGACACUGAUUGAUCUCCCUGGAAUUGCCAGGGUGGCCGUGGGGGACCAGCCAAAAGACAUCGGGGACCAGAUCAAAAAGCUGCUUAGAAGAAUGAUUGGCUGCAAAGAGACAGUGAAUUUGGUAGUGGUGCCAUGUAACGUGGAUAUUGCAACAACAGAAGCAUUGAAAAUGGCUCAAGAGGUGGACCCCACUGGAGAAAGGACAAUAGGAAUCCUCACAAAACCUGACCUGGUGGACAGGGGGACUGAAAAGGCUGUCGUGAAAAUACUGCAAAACAGGGUGAUCCCCCUCAAGAAAGGCUACAUGAUUGUGAAGUGCCGUGGGCAGCAGGACAUCCACGACAAACUGACCUUGGCUGCUGCAAUCCAGCAGGAGAGACAGUUCUUUGAGAAUCACAAACAUUUCAGGGCUCUUUUGGAAGAAGGAAAGGCCACUAUCCCCCAUCUGGCAGAGAAGCUCACAAAUGAACUUGUGCAACACAUUAUUAAAACAAUGCCAGCGCUGGAGAGCCAAAUCCGUGACACCCUCCAUAAAGCAUUACAGGAUCUGCACAGGUACAACAGAGGCACUCCCCAAACAGAGUCUGAGAAGCUGUUUUUCCUCGCAGAUCUGAUCAAGUUCUUUAACCAAGACAUCUCUCGGAGCACGCGGGGAGAGGAGCAGCUGCUGGGAGACGAGGUCAGGCUGUUCACCAGGAUCCGCAAGGAAUUCCGCUCGUGGGGCGUGAUUCUCCUGGAGUGUGCUGCCAGGGCUAAAACAACUGUCCCAGGCAGAGUGUGGAAAUACGAAGACCAUUACCGUGGGCGGGAGUUCCCAGGCUUCAGCAACUACAGGACCUUUGAGGACAUCAUAAAAGAGCAGAUCAGGGAGUUGGAGGAGCCAGCGAUGGUGAUCGUGAACAACGUGAUGAAGCUGGUUGAAGAGAAAUUUAUGGAACUCGCUAAUAAGAAUUUUUCUAAUUUUCACAAUCUAAACAGAGCUGCCAAGGUGAAAAUUGAAGACAUUAGAGAGAAACAAGCAGCAGAGGCUGAAAGACACGUUCGGGCACAGUUUAAAAUGGAGAGCAUCGUGUACUGCCAGGAUGACCUUUACAUUGGUGAUCUGAAUGCUGUUAAGGCAGAAGGCGUGUCCCUGGGGAGGGAUGGGCAGUUUCCUGCUUCAAAGGAGCCCUCUGUUGUCGCAGAGAUGCUUUCUCACACCAACGCCUAUUUCUCUGGAGCAAGUAAACGCCUCUCCAAUCAGAUACCUCUGAUCAUCCUGUCUACUGUCCUUCAAGACUUUGGAGACCACCUGCAGACCUCAAUGCUGCAACUUUUACAAGACAAAGAGAAGUUAAACUUUCUCCUUGACGAGGACACUGAAGCUGCUAAAACCAGGAAUUACCUCAGCCAAAGAGUUGAUCGUCUCACCAAAGCCUGCCAGUACCUGAGAGACUUCAGCUCGUUGUAAUUUGGUUUUCAUAAGUGUUUUUUCCUCCUCAUCUUCUAGCAUUACUGAAGAAUUUCCUAUAAUCCCAUAAAAAUGUAAUGUCAGCCUAGACCUUUAAUACUAAUUUCUAGUAUUUAGUUUUCCUUUAUUUUCCAUAAGCAGUGAUGUUCAAACAGCUGCCUUUGCAGAAAGCGCUCCACUGGGGGACUUAUGAUUAAAUGAGCAUUAUCCCAUUUUUGAACAUUUUUUAUGGAUUCUGUGCAACCACUGGAAUAAUCAUUAAAAAGCUAACACUCUGA